UGGUGAUGAUGUCGCUGACCUCCUCCUCCAGGUUCCUAGCCUGAGCAACAACAACGAUCAUCAUCACCAUCAUCAUAUGAACGUCAACACCGGUUUGCAUCUUCUAACGGCAAGUGUGGGUAGCGAUCGAUCAACAGCUGAUGACGGGUCAUCUAUUAAUGAGGAAGAUAGAGAGAGUAGAGCUGAUCAGUUGUCACUGAUGCGAGCCGAGGUUGGGAAGCUGAAGGAAGAAAACCAAAGGCUAAGGAGCGUGUUAAGCCAAGUCACCGGAAACUACAACUCCUUGCACAUGCAAUUCAUCACUUUCAUGCAGCAAAAGAAUACUCAGAGACAAAUUAAUAACGACGGAAGCCCACAAGUACAGGAGGUCGACAUUGAUGAGAAAAUGGAUACAAAGAAGCAGGCAAUCAUUCCAAGACAGUUCAUGGAUCUGGGCCUCGCCUCCGUUGACGUCGACGACGGUUCUUCAAUGGAGGGUGCAGGUGGUGGUGGGAGUAGAGAGAGAUCAACCUCCCCUAGCAACAACGUCGACAUCAGCAACAUUAAUUUCGAAGGUCAAUUAGCUGAGGAUGGUAGCCUAAACAACAACGAGCUGGGCUACAAUAUUAAUAGUGGGUUUAAAAAGGAAGUAGCCAGCUCCUUUGAUCGCUCCAUCAAGUCACAAAGCAGCGGUAGUGUCGACGUUGUCUGCAGGGAGGAGAUCCGAGAGCGAUCGAAUCAAGGCUGGGGGCCUAAUAAAUCACCCAAAUUGUCUACUACUUGUAACAAUUCUGAUCAGGCUCAAGAAGCUACUAUGAGGAAAGCUCGGGUGUCGGUUAGAGCUCGAUCCGAGGCUCCCAUGAUCGCAGAUGGAUGUCAGUGGAGGAAGUAUGGGCAGAAGAUGGCGAAGGGGAAUCCAUGUCCUCGGGCUUACUACAGGUGCACUAUGGCCGCUGGCUGUCCUGUUCGCAAACAGGUUCAAAGGUGUGCGGACGACCGGACGAUCCUCAUAACAAUCCUCAAGCGCAACACAGCACCUCUCGCCAGCAGCCGUAAGCCAUGGCGUCCCCACUCGGCCGCCGCCACAUGGGCUCCUCCGCAGCAUGUCGACACCGCCCAUCAUCAACCCGAGCUUCCUCCCACACUCUCCCGCCCCUCCUCCUCUCAGACCCUGGCACCAUGCUCGCCUCCGCCCCUCCCAACCGGGACCUCGACUUCACCCAGGUCGCCCAACCUCCUCCAUCAGCAGUCCUCGUCUCAGAGACCUCCUUUCUUCUCAGUUUCAGCUAUCGGCUUUCGGUUCUGUCGCCUUCCAAUUUUCGGUCUGCAGAUGUUCCUCGUCGCCGGUGGAUCAGGUUAG